UCUAAUAUGGCGGAUGAUUUGUGUCUCCGUCAUUGUCCUCUUGCAAUUUUCAUUUGGUUUUUAUUUCACGGCCCGGUUUUUAGCGUAGUGGAUGAGGAUCUUUGGAAAAUUUACAGCAUCUCCCUGCAGGAUCACUCCGUUUGUGAGACAAAAACGUUUUUACAGUUGGUACAAAACGUUCCUGUUUGUCGAAAGACAGAACUAACAGAAUUUGAAAACUGGAGUUUUAUGGAAAGGAGUAUUCUAUUGCAAGAAUUUGAUGUGGACAAAGAAACGAGAAAUUAUGUAAGACAAGUACAUGGAGUAGUUUUUUCAAAAGUUCAUCCAGUUCCUCUCAAAUAUAAACCUUAUUUGGUGGCGAUUUCUCGAGGAGUGGUGACCGAAAUUCUUGAUUUGAGUGACGCUGUCUCAGAAUCUCAAGUAUUCAUAGACUUUGCAGCGGGAAUUAAAAUAAUACCAAACUCUAUUGUGCUAUCACAUAGAUACGGCGGACAUCAGUUUGGCGAUUGGGCAGGUCAACUAGGAGAUGGACGUGCUGUGAUUUUGGGGGAAUACACUAAUAGGAUGGGAGAGAGGUGGGAACUUCAGUUGAAAGGCUCAGGGAGAACUCCUUAUUCAAGACACGGUGAUGGACGUGCAGUGUUGAGGUCAUCUGUGCGUGAGUUUCUGGCCAGUGAAGCCAUGUUUCAUUUGGGUGUACCAACAAGUAGAGCAGCCAGUGUUGUUGUGAGUGAUGACCUUGUUUGGAGGGAUCAGUUCUAUGAUGGACAUCCCAAGGAAGAAAAAGUUGCGAUUGUUUUACGCUUAGCAAAAUCUUGGUUCAGAAUUGGCUCUCUUGAAAUUUUGGAGCACAACAGUGAAGAAGCUCUUCUUAGAAAAGUUGUGGAUUUUGUCAUUGAUCAUUAUUUCAAGGAUUUAGUCAACAAGACCAGGAAGUACUUGAGUUUCUUUUCAAGAGUAGUUUCCAUGACAGCAGACCUGAUUUCUAAAUGGCAAUCUGUUGGCUUUGCUCACGGUGUCUGUAAUACAGACAAUUUUAGUUUGUUGUCAGUUACCAUAGACUAUGGUCCUUUUGGAUUUAUGGAUGACUUCAACCCAGACUUUGUUCCUAACACAUCAGAUGAUGAAGGAAGAUAUAGUUACAAGAAUCAGCCAAAUGUUGGAUUUUUUAACUUAGAAAAAUUGCUCCAAGCACUAAAACCAAUACUUGAAGACUACAAUGAAGGAGAGAAAGUUCUUUGGAAUUAUACAGAUAUAUUUAACCAGAGGUUUCUGGAUGUAUUUCGUCGCAAGCUUGGUUUACUUAAUGAAGAUGAAAAUGACGAAAUGCUUAUUCGCUCUUUACUUUGGAUAAUGUCGGCUACUCAUGCAGACUUUACUAUGACCUUCCGAGAGUUAAGUGAAGUAUCUUUGUAUGAUGUUCAGUCAAACCGCUUGCCGAGAGAAUCUUGGGCACUCAAGCAACUACAAACACACAAGAACUGGAGAGACUGGUUAGCACGCUAUGCUGACAGGGCUCGGUUGUAUAGUGACACUGAUGUUGACAAGGGCAGAAGAAAACUAAUGCAAGAAGUAAAUCCUCGCUAUGUUUUACGUAACUGGAUGGCAGAAUCAGCGAUACAAACAGCGGAAAGGAACGAUUUUUCAGAGGUUCGUCAGUUGCUUGAAGUACUCAAGUCACCUUUUACAAAACAGGAGGUUGCUGAGAAUCUUGGAUACUCGUCCCAGCCUCCAGGAUGGGCCUCUCAUCUUCGCGUAAGCUGUUCUUCAUAAAACAUAUUUUACAAGACUGAAUGCUUUCUUAAGAAUCUUGAAGCGUUGAGAGGUGCUUGAAGUGCUAACUGUCUGCUGGGCGGGGAAUGACACCUGAGGGAGGAGCUCAAAAUACGACUUUCGGUGAAAAACAGAAACAAAGUGACUCUAUUUUUAAAUAUAUUUUAAAAUACACCACUCUCAUAGCAUCUUUGUGGAUUGAGACAUAAUUCCAUAGUGCGCAACAACUUAACAUAACUGAUGCACAUGAAAAAGGAAUAAAGGUGAAAGAAUAAAGGUGAAAGGGAGCCAUUGCAAUAACAAGCUAGUUUACGUUAUGCCGGCCGUUUGGCCUGAUAGUUUUUCCUCUGAUCUAACUCACCCCGACAUAUUAGAGAAUAACUGUGUUUUCUCGCCCUUGCCACCCCCGCCCAAACGCUUCCCCCCUCUUUUAGCCAUGGAAGUAUAAAUAAAAUUCGCGGAAGCUGGGAAACGAAACUAAAACAAAUAACCUUAAUCUUUUUCAACACGUUACGUUUGACCAAUCAAUCGUACAGCUGAUUGCCAUCGUCAUCUAGUGCCUCGGACUUUUCUUAACGUCAAACCAAGUCAUGAAGAUGAUUUCAGAGCCAUAAGUAUAAUAAGAUGACGCAAGUGUGUUUUUAGAGGAGAUGCUACAACAAAUUUUGGGAACGAGCGGUCCGUUCACGUGGUGGGAUUCAGUCCCCUCGCGUCAACAUAAAUAUUUCAGUGUUCGCGCGAAAAGUUUCGUUAUGUUACGCAGUUUGGAGUUGUAUGUGUUUAAGCUACGUCUCGCGUUCUUUCAAGAUCCAAACCGUCAGGUAUGUUUUAAGUUUUCAUUUCCCCGAGUUUAUUUAGUUUAUUAUUUCGUUUAGGUCAUUUAUUUUCGGUAGUUAGAAUUUUUGUAAUUUAAUUUUGUUAUAGAAACCACUGGUCAAGAAAUAAAUAUACAUGUACGGUU